AAAGGAGAAAGCGAUCGCAGCUGUCGCAGCUUCUUUAAAACACUCCACGGUCAGAUGCUCAAACUGAAGGCGAGUGGAGUUUUUCCAUCGUUUUGGCUUCGGAUCUUCGUUUCCUCUUGUCGAGCGGUCAAUGCAAGCUUGUGCUCCCUGGUCACAUUCGGACAAUCAUCAGUUCCGGCUGAGCCAUGGAGGAAAGAACUGAGAGUCCGAUCGCAGUGAAAGUGGAGGAGAACUCCCACAGCUUUGUCCUCACCUACUUCCAGGGGGACAUCAACAGCAUGGUGGACGCCCACUUCACACGGGCCCUCAGUAAACUCUGCAAGCCCACAGAGCUCGCAGGAAAAACAAAGAAUAGCCACAAACCUAUUAAAAGCGAGCACACAAACACCUGCCACAGCAGCGUGUCUUACACCAAGUCCCUCGUCCCGUCUGAAGGGGGACACUCGGUGACCUUCAGCUCCGCAAACGAGACUCCUGUGUCCUGGAACUCUUUCAGGACUAGAGAGGGUCCGGUGCUGCCUGCCAUUGUGUGCCCGCUGCCACCGGAGGGGCAGUGUUUUACUGGACAGCAAUAUUCCACAUCCUUGCUCAAUCUGCUGCACAGCGACCGGGGGGAGAUCGUACCCAGCAUGGCCUCCAGUUCCAAACCAGAACCAGUACCCGGCUGGACAGUCCCUCAGGGAUUUAGAGAGUCUGUGGACCCUUCUAUAAGCUUUGAACCAGGGCGGCAUGUGGACAAAAAGGAUCUCUACUGGUACUGAGGAUGAACAGCAGCA